UCCUCAGGAAAUGGGGGAAGAGGCAGAGCAAAUGUUCAAAAGGAUUAGCAGAUUGUGGAAAAAGGAGGAUUUGGACAGAAGGAACCUGUUGCAUUAAUUCUUAACCACUAAGCUUAUAGGAAAACUCCAAUAUUUAAAAUUUUAAACAAAGCUAUAUAGGUAAAUACCUUUUUAAAAACAAAUGUAAUUUUACACUUAAAAUGCACAUAAUUAAAAGACAUUAAGGGUUACUCUUACUCGAUUUUCUCCUCUAGUAGCUGCUAACUUUAAGGAAAUACUUUGUUAUAGUCUGUUUUAUCUCAUGAUGAUAAUGUGUGAUUGUGUGGUUUAAAGGAAAAAAUGAAAAUAAGAGGGAUAGUUAUGUUUAGAUGAAAAGGCAUAUUUCAUGUUUUUGUUUUUCAGUGAUAAAACAGCCUAGUUUUAUCUUAAAAGUUAAAGUCUGAUGCCUUGAGUAUUGGGGUAGGAAACUGAGGGCAACAUAUUACAAAAUGAUUGUCACUAUUGCAUUUUCAUUUUGGAAAUAUAGUAAGCUACACUGUAUUCUAUAUUAUGUCUGUUCUAGUGGUCGUUCUAAAUUUUAUUACAUGAACAAGUUUGCUUAUGUGGGUUUUUUUUCCCUAUUUUAGGAAGCAAUCACAUUUUUUUUUAAUUGCAACAUUCAUGAUUUUGAAGUGUUGCUCUGUAAAAACUCAAGACAAAUUUAAUUCAUCUCUAUGCUAUUUUCCAUUUGCCACAUUAGCCAUAAUCUGGCAGAUUUCUUAGUAAAAUCCACGUGUCUGUCAUUUUUUGCAGUAGUGCCUGAUGUCCUGGGCUUGCUUGGCACAUUUAGAACACAGUAGUUUAGUGGCUUAUUUACAUAAGGUUUAUAUUAGUAGAUACAUUUGAGGGUUUUUUUUCUUUUUUUUUUAAUGAAAGGUAGUUUUUUUUUCCCAACUGAGUUAAUUGUUCUGUUCCUUUAUUUUUAGAGAUAAUCUAUAAAAAUACUAGAUCAGCAGGGCACAAUGGCACAUGUCUUUAUCCCAGUUCUCUGAAGCAGGAUCUCUGUGAGUCUGAUGUCAGUCGUGUGUGUAUCAUGAAUUCUAGGCCAUCCAGAGCAUUAGGAUCUAUGGAAUAUUUUGACAACCGCAACAGUUCAAUGAAGUUGCAAGGAGUAAAUAAUGCCGAGAAGUUCGACUAUGUGAUGCAAUUUUUGAAUAAGAUGGCUGGUAAUGAAUAUGUUGGAUUCAGUAAUGCAACGUUUCAAUCUGAAAGAGAAAGUGGAGACCGAAAUUUUGCAAUAGGAUAUUACUUAAAAGAAAAGAAGUGCUUUCCAGAAGGCACAGACAUGGUUGGGAUACUAGAUUUUUAUUUCCAGCUAUGCUCCAUUGAAGUGACAUGUGAAUCAGCCAGUGUGAUGGCUGCGACGUUGGCUAAUGGCGGUUUCUGCCCGAUUACUGGUGAAAGAGUACUCAGUCCUGAAGCAGUUCGAAAUACCCUGAGUUUGAUGCAUUCCUGUGGCAUGUAUGAUUUCUCAGGGCAGUUUGCCUUCCAUGUCGGUCUUCCUGCAAAAUCUGGAGUUGCUGGGGGUAUUCUUUUAGUUGUUCCCAAUGUCAUGGGCAUGAUGUGCUGGUCUCCUCCUCUUGACAAGAUGGGCAACAGUGUUAAGGGAAUUCACUUCUGUCAUGAUCUGGUUUCUCUGUGUAACUUCCAUAACUAUGAUAAUUUGAGACACUUUGCAAAAAAACUUGAUCCUCGGAGAGAAGGUGGUGAUCAAAGGGUAAAGUCGGUAAUAAAUCUUCUGUUUGCUGCGUAUACUGGAGACGUGUCUGCCCUCCGGAGGUUUGCUUUAUCAGCCAUGGACAUGGAGCAGCGGGACUACGACUCCAGGACAGCACUCCAUGUAGCUGCCGCAGAGGGUCAUGUUGAAGUUGUUAAGUUUUUGCUGGAAGCUUGCAAAGUCAAUCCUUUCCCCAAGGACAGGUGGAAUAACACCCCCAUGGAUGAAGCACUGCACUUCGGACACCAUGAUGUUUUUAAAAUCCUCCAGGAAUACCAAGUCCAGUACACACCUCAAGGGGACCCUGACAAUGGGAAGGAAAGUCAAACUGUCCACAAGAACCUCGAUGGGCUGUUAUAAUGGUCUGAAAUCACUUACCUACUGAGUUGUGGAACAUGAUUAUGAAGAACAUGUAUAUUUCUAGCUGGUAGUGAUGUGUAUUUUACAACAUUUGUCAUUUCAGUGUUACUGGAGUUUCCUUCAUUGUGCGCACAGGACACAUCUGAUUUCUUUGGGAAAAAUAGAAAUAAAACAACCUCCCUUCAUAAUGUGAGCAAUAGUUACCUCGUGCGUUGUACAAUUUGAUGUAAAAGAAUAGUUACCAAUGCUAGCUGAAUGGUGUGGUCUUCAUGAUUUAUGUGUUUUGUAAAUUUUCAAUCCUGGGUGAUGAUAUGCUCAUCUGCAUUUAUGAGUUGAGCUUUGUUGUACAGUCUGUCCACAGGGGUCGAUGCUGUUAUUAGACGAAAACAGUGUGAUUUUUAAGACAUUAAAUAUAGAUUUAGUUUGAGUGUUUGGACAACCAUAUGCACUAACAUGGUUGAGUGUUUAAAAUGUCUCCCAUCACCCCCACUUCACAGUGUGACUCAUUAAAUAUUAAAAUAGCUACUAACUCUUCAUAGAAUUUGCCAAUUCUGAUUAGAUUUUAUCAGGGAAUCUGUUGUUUGGUGACCAAAACAUAUGUGUGAAUAUAGUCUAGCACUUUGAAACCCUUUCCUUUCUAUAAUAGUCCUUAGGCCAGUCUCUCUGUGGUGUUUAGCUAUCUGUCUCUUCCCCUUAGCUGGGAAGGAGAGUGAGUGCUGGCAUGCUAUGCAGUUUUCAAGUUUCCUCAGCAAGUCAUCAAACCUCACAGUUUGAGCAUCAGAGAUAGAGCUUAGCCAUCAAUCUAGAGAAGAUGAACCAAAAUUAAGACGUCUAAAUUAGCUAUCAGUCUUAAGAGUAAAGACUGUGUGGACUUGUAAGUUCCUUUUCAGCUUCUACAAUAAAGAAAAAUUCAGAAAUGCUUUCAGUUACCAGAGUUACAGUGAUACAUUUAGGAACUGCUACAGGUAACAUUUGCUUUUAGCCUACUGUCAGAAGUCUGCAUUAGCUGGCACUCUUUCUCAAGGGCCGGGCAUCGUUCUGGAUUCCUUCCCUCUGUUCCUGUCUAGAUUGUAUCACUCAGUAAGAAGAGAUCACUUCACUGUAAAUUUAGACUCACCAUUGCUUUGUUUUGGGAAAGUAAUUUAUGAUUAACUGAGAAAACAGGUAAAAGGGACCUUAAGAAGAACACAAUUUUUUAGGAAUUGAACAUACUGUACCGUGUUACACCUCCAAGAGAUGAGGGGUAUGUUAGUGAGGACUUCUGAUAAUUAAGCACAUGUGUGCAUGCAUGUACACACACAAAUGCACUUCUUGGAAACUGCUUGUGGAAUAAGCAAAAUUCUCAACUACACAAAUACUAGUGGUUACCACACUGAUACAGCCUCCCCUUUGACCCUCACUGUCAACACAGAUGGCAUCCGAAUUUUCUGAUGCCUGAUGGCACAUUAAUCACUCCAGUAGCCUCCAGCUGCUCUGACCCUCUUUUAACCACCACCUCCCAUUCUCUAGCCAGCGCCUCCCUUGAUGAAACUGUGGCUAGUGUCCCUUCACUGAACCAGGCACCACCAACAUGUUCCUAAGUUCCAGAGUCCGGAGAGGAUGGUGAGUAGGCACCCUGUCCUGUCAUCGCUUUCCUGCUUCCACAGCCUCUCAAGACAGGUGAACAGGUGGAACCUGGAAACUAAUAUGUAGGGACAUCACCUCCAAAGUUAAGGAGUAAACAUGUUUUAAUUGGAAUCAAUCAAGAUGACACUAUUCCCAAAGCAGUUGGCUUUGCGUGAUUCAAUGGGUGACUUAAAUAUUACCAGUGACUUUGAGGCUUCUCUGAAUAUUAUUCUGUAUAUUAUUUGAAAACAAAAGUUGUCAUCUUUUCUGAGAUCAGCGCUGUUUUGUACAGUCUUUGUGGCUCGGUUAAAAAUGCUCUUUUCCCUCAUGGUGUUAAUGACUGUUUGCUAUUGGCUGAUAACAAUGAGAACAUUUUGUUUAAGUGCUUGAAUGGGCUGUUACUGCUGCCAUCAGUAAACUCCAAAGAUCUUUUUUGGUUUUGGCUUUACAAUCUUGUGUAAUUUUUUCUGUAUCAUGGAAACAGUACAUGGCCAUGUUGAUUUGAAGCUGUUGACACUGCUGUUUCUCUGUCCCUGUUCUAACACCCAUGUCUGGUGAUACACUCCACCCCACUGCUGCCCACACUAUGCUUUAGCUGCACAGCUGGGUUUGCUGUUCCUGCUGUCUUAUCAGGGACGAAAAGACCUGAUAUUGGAUUUAGGUCCCUCCUGGGGGUCCAAAGCUAUGAAUGUAUUUACUUCCGAUGUUUCCCAAAAUGAAAUCUUAAAACUAUAAAUUGUAAGUAUUCUGAAAUUGGGAAUUAUUUAUUUUAAAUGAGGUCAGGUAGUGUUGCUUUUUACAGCAUAAUAAAUACACAUGUUGAAAACAA